AUGUUGCGAGCCACAAGGCCAUGCCUGUUUCUUUUAGCAAGCCAAUUCCGUUGUUUUGGAACUUCAAUGGCAGCUGGCGCGAGAAAGAAUCCUGGUCGUAUUUACUAUUCUCCGUUGCAAGCUGUUACGUGUGUGAGAAACAGCGCAAAGGCAAAGUUUGACGAGACUCUUGAAGUGGUGGCGAGUCUCAAUGUUGAUCCCACAAAGACAAACCAAAUUGUAAGAGGAACCGUGAUGCUGCCUCACGGCAACGGCAAGCAUCCUCGAAUUGCUGUGUUUGCGGAUGGCAAAUACGCGGAGGAUGCAAAGCAAGCCGGUGCGGACAUCGUGGGUCUGGACGAUUUAAUCAGCGAUAUCAAGCAGGGUAAAAUCGACUUCGACGUGGCCAUCACCGCGCCUCGUUACAUGCCGAAACUCGCCCCGGUCGCUCGCAUUCUCGGACCGAAAAAGCUCAUGCCUUCUAGCAAGAACGGCACCGCCUCCUCCGACAUCCCAACCGCCAUCCGUGACGCUCUGCGCGGGAAGCGCGAAAUCAAGCCGGACAAGUCCGCAGCGAUCCGCAUGGGAUUGGGCAAGCUCUCCUUCACCGACGAGCAGCUGCUGGACAAUCUUCGCGAGUUCGUCAUUCAGUUAAGCGCGAUCAAGCCGCCAACCGCGAAGAACUUCAUCCAGGCGGUUUGUCUGAGCUCCACGAUGGGACCGGCGUUCUUCUUAGAUCUUCGAUUUGUAACGCCCGGGCGUUACUUUUUUAAUGAGGAGCUGGCGGAGCAGGGAGUGGAGAUCCCGAUGAAGGAGGUGCGAAUGUCGAGUCGAAAGAGGAAGGCGGAGAGAGAGAAGGCGAAUGCAAGUGCGAGUGCGAAUGCAAGUGCGAAGGAAAUGGAAAGCGAAAAAGAGAAGGAGAUGAAGUAA